AUGGUGGACAUGGCGGUGGUGAACAGGUUGGUAGCUUCCCCACCUGCUGUCAAUCUCCUUCUGGUGGAGGUGCUGAGGAGCGGAUCUGGAGCUGGUGCGAAUGGCGAAAACUAUGCAGAGUCUGUAAUAAAAGAGCGCCGCAUUUCCAGUGAUGCGAUCGAACUGGAGGUUCCAGACGCUGUUGUUGGUGCAGUGUUAGGUCCAAAAGCGAAAACACUGCAGGAAAUCCAGUUUUACAGCGGUUGUAAAGUGCAGGUGUUCAAGAGAGAUGCAAAAUCUGACCUACCGGUUGGAACGAGGCUCAUCAGGUUUGAUAAAAGAAGGUAUUUCAAAGCAGAAUUGUAUUCAGUCCUGUUUCUCUUUUUCAGUCUGGCUGGUGAUGAAAAAUGUAUGCGUUUAUGCAAAUUGAUGAUAGAACGCGUCGUCAAUGAAGCACAGGAGCGCAGGGUGGGGACACGUACCUAG